AUGACAGAUCUUGCGCCCUAUCUCGAGCGCUUAGGCCUUGAGCAAUACCUUGAUGCGUUCCUGGGUGAGGGCUUCGAUACCUGGGAGACCCUGACGGAUAUACAAGAGAGCGACUUUGAUGCGCUCAAUGUCAAGCUCGGUCAUCGGAGGAAACUUCAACGGGCCAUAGCAGACCAUCGAGGUAUCCCGUAUGAGCGCCUUAUCGGGUCACCCGCCCAGGAGCCGCUUUCGGAUGCUAGUAAGACAGCCGAAAGCGGUGCGAAUCCAGCAUCGGGCGCAGACCGAGGAUCGGGAACUGUUCACGAAGCCAAAAGGAAGUAUAGACGCCACCCGAAGCCAGAUGAGAAUGCGCCUGAACGACCCCCUUCAGCGUACGUGAUAUUCUCCAACAAAGUGCGAGACGAGGUCAAGGACCAGAAUCUGUCUUUCACCCAAAUCGCCAAGCUGGUUGGGGACCGGUGGCAGAAGCUAGAUCCCGCCCGGAAAGAGCCAUUCGAAGCCCAGGCCAACGCCGCUAAAGAGAGGUACAACAUACAACUGUCGACAUACCGCAAGACAGAUGCAUACAAAGAAUACAUGCAAUACUUGGCCGACUUCAAAAGCAAGCAUGGACAGCCCCCGGAUCCAAAAAGGCCUAAGCUGGAAGCUGAAUCUAGUGGGAGCAUCAUCUCCACCAAGUCACUAGAGCUGCAACCUGAAGCAGCGUCACAGAUGUCCGGGCACACACGAGGUGGUUCAGUCGGAUCCGUUGCGUCUUCAUCACUCACUGGGGGUGCCAUACAAUUGUCCGCUUCCAUACCAACAAUGCCGUCCCGCCCACCAUUGAUUUCGUCCCGCAGCGGUUCCCCUCCCAUUGCUGCAACUAGAGAUUACUUUCGUCCAGGGAUUUUAUCAAGUCACAGUUCCGCCUCAGAUGAAUCGUCUACUGUACGGAGUGAUUUACAAGAACCAGUAAUGCGAACGGCAGCUCUUUCUCUGGGGGGCGGCGCCCCAGUCCCACUACCGACAUCACUACAGACGGCCGCUGCAUCGCCAACAGACAACUUGGCCAGUCCCGACCAUCUUGAACGUUCUAGAAUAGCAUACUUUCUCCAACAGCAACACCCUCCAACACCCCCUUUCGGCCCUCAGGGAUCCAUGAGUGCCCCAGCUCAUCUGGCCCCGACGUUACAGGAGAUGAACUGGAGGAAGCAGCAGCGACUCUCGGAUCCUAGGGCAGCGUAUCAGGAGAUGCCGAGAGCACUACAUGCUUCCCUUCCCUAUAAUCCCGCGACGCACCAAUACCAGUCUCCAUCCCGAUUACCAAUGGUGUCUUCGGACCGGGCUCCAGACUUUUCGCAAGGCGCAAGCAUGCGGACGCUACCACCACCGCGACCACCGUCCACAACCAGCCAAGCCUUGCCACCAAUAGGCUCCCCUUCGCUGGGCGAAGAGCCACCGCAUUUCCGUCGACCUGUGUUAGAAGAGGCACGACCCCGUCUAGACCGAUCAGAGAGCGAUGCCGCCAGCACCCUGGCCGGACUUGCAGCAGGAGUUUCCAGGCCGGAUACUGUGAGACCCAUCAGGCCUCCCCCUCCCCAUACAGCGCCCUAA